AUGGUCUCCGCCCUAACCCAGGUCAUCGGCACGACCCACGAGGGAACUCCAACUGCGCACCCUGGCAUCGCCCGCCGGAACCCUAAUCCACCUGCGGCGGCGCCCCCCUCCGCGCAGCCGGAGGAACAAGGUAUUGGCCGUUAUCAGAGUUUCAUCUAUCAUCUCUGAAAAAGGGUGUGUCUCGUGGCUCAUUCGCGGGGCAACCCCAGAUCUGAAGUUAAUUCCUUCUGCAAGUAGUUCGACGGUAUAGUGAUGGAAUCGAAACUCUCGAGGAUGAUUAGGAACACGCCAUAGAUAGAGCAGCAUAAUCGGCAAGAAAAAGCAUAACCCAUUAUUCGUAUCUCACACUGGAUGGUGCAAUCUCCCUCUCUCCCUCUUUCUUUCUUUUUCAAGGGAGUAGUGUGAGAAGGAAGCACUAUAGGGGAGUGCGGCAGAGGCCAUGGGGGAAAUGGGCUGCGGAGAUAAGGGAUCCGAAGAAGGCCGCCCGCGUCUGGCUCGGCACCUUCGACACGGCCGAGGGCGCCGCCGCCGCCUACGACGAGGCCGCGCUGAGGUUCAAAGGCUCCAAAGCGAAGCUCAACUUCCCCCAUCGAGUCCAAGAACAGACGACCGAUCCCAGCCUCCGAGUCGCCCCCCGGGUGCCUCCACCACCUUCCUACCCGGAUCUUCUCCAGUACGCCCAGCUGCUCCGCGGUGGCGACGAGGAGCUGCAAAAUGUGGCCUCCAAUAUCUACGCCCCCGGCUUCUUCACCGCGGGCUCACCCUCGGCAUAUUCCGGCGCAUCUUCCCUGUCGUUCCCCGGCAUCCCUCCCUUCGGAAGCGCCUCCUCAAGCGCCGACGACCCACAGCAACAAACGGAGAAGAAGUAG